AUGCCGGGACCACAGAAGGCAAAAAUAUUGCAACUCAUUGAUUCCUGCUGCCAAAAUGCAAAAAGCGCACAACUGAAAUGUUUAUCGUUCGUUAUUGGAGCGGCAAAUGGCACGACGAAAGAAGCCAAGAGGACUUACAUUCAAGAACAGUGUGAAUUUCUAGAGAAGUUAAGACAGCAAAAAAUCAGGCAGGGAAGAAUUAAUAUAUUGUCUAUGGACGCUGGUGUUUCUAAUUUUGCUUUUUCCAAAAUGCAAUUGCUUUAUGAUGAUCCCCUCCCUAAAGUAUUAGACUGGCAAAAGAUAAACCUAGAAGAGAAAUUUUUUCAAAAUCUGAAAAAGUUAAGCCUGAAUCCUGCUGAAACUUCCCAACUUGUAUUUAGCCUAACAGAAUAUUUAUUCCAAUCCACGCCAAUACCUGAUAUAUUUACGAUUGAAAGACAACGAGCCAGAACUAUGUCUUCAAGGCAUAUACUAGAACCAAUCUUAAAAGUGAAUAUUCUCGAACAGAUUCUUUUCUCUAAUCUAGAAAACAAGAUGAAGUUUACCAAUAAAAUACAGGAUGCACCAAAGCUGCAGUAUAUGGUAUGCUCGUCCGAUCCACAUCGGAUGACCUCAUAUUGGUGCAUUCCUAGAGAAGAAACACCGACUGGUUCAAAAAAGUCGAAAUCUAACAAACAUAGCAAAGAUUCGAGGAUAAAGUUAGUGAAGAAAAUAGUUUCAACCUCAAUACUAAACAACAGUUCAAUUAGCUCUACAAAACUGGUUGAGUUCACCGGAAUUUGGAAUAAUAGGAUACGAAAUGCGCUUGCCAAAAAGAAAAGUUUCAAGCUAUGUGAUAUUUUAGAGAUCCAGGAUAAUUCGGGGGUAAGAAAGGAUGAUGAUUUGGCAGAUUCAUUUCUGCAUUGUUUGUCUUGGAUGGAGUGGAUAAAAAAUUAUGAAAGUAUUACUGAACUUUUGAAUUCAACGUCACUUAUUAAAAUGCAGUUCCAACAGGUAUUCGAAUUUUGUGAAAACAAAGUACAAGAGCUGAAAUGUUUACAAAAUACCUAUAACACUGACUAA